AUGGUUCCAAAAAAAAGGCACCGUAUUAGUCAAGCAAAGGAAGAGGCGGGCAAGGUGGCAUGUUUGCUGGAGGACAAGUGGGCGGGCACAAAGACCAAACUCGGGGUCGUGGAAGAUGACGAGGAUAACAAGAGCGUAAGCAACUCGAGCAGCCACAAUCCCGCCCAGAGCAGCAACAACAACGGCAAGAACAACAACAAAGCCCCCGUGACAACCUCCAAGGAAGGUCUGAGCAAGACGUCGGCGGGUACCGAGGCCACACCCAGCACUAGCGGCAAACCCGGGACCGAAGGCGAGCCUCAAGCCAAACACACACCCUCCAUCGAUACCCUGGAGAUGCUUGCGCAGUCUUUGGAUCAGAACCUGGAAAUCCCAGAGCUGCCUUAUUUGGCCUUUGAGGAUGUGCGCGAGGACGCUGAGGAUACGCCUGAGCUGGCUGAUGUCACGGCCGAGAUGGUUGGCGAGUUUGCUGAGAGCUACCGCUCACACUGUGAGACGCUUCUGUCCAAUCUCAAGGAAAUGAACUUUGCUCAGCUCUAUGCCAACAUUCACAGCUUCUGGACAAAGGGUCCGGAAGCACACCGCACCUUGGCCCACUCAGCUGCUGUCUGCAUCAAGGUCGAGCUGUGGGACACCAUUCUAUACGAUACCAUGCUCCACGUGCUGGUGCCCGAGGUGCUCCGGCCAGUUGGCAAGAACGCCAUUAGUACCAUUCAUACCCUCGUGGAUGACCUCAUCUCCUCACUCAAGGAUCUCAAAACGCUCGCCGUCAAGCUUCCCUGGUCUCUCAUCGAAGCCAAGCAGACGGCAGGCGAAGUUCUGGAACAGAUCGUGCGCCGACGUUUGGCCCUGAACGAGUUGGCGCAAGCGGGCAGCAAAAUGCUCUCAAGCCAAAGCCAGGUGCACCGUAUGCGCUUGGAUCUGGAGCGCGUGUCCACGGAUGCCAUUCGUCGCGAGUCAGCCUGGGUCACGGGCUGCGAGGACUCCUUUGUCGAACAAAUCUUCGCUGAACUCAAGGCCCUCCUGGAGCAGCCUCGUGGCUUGAGCUAUACUUCACACUGGCUCAUGUCGGUGGUAGAGCGCGUCUUUAGCAACGCCGAGCAGCGAUUCGAAGACAGUUCAGUCGGAGACGAUGACGGCGAGAGCACCACCGGCUCAAAUGGCAAGCCUGCUGCGGGUCGAGCUGACCUGGCCGCUCCGCGUUCCCCGCCCCACGACAAGGCCGAGUUGAACGGAGCAGGCAGUGCUGCCGCGGGGCCCGAGGCCACACCCACGUUCAAGAAGGCAGGCCAUGGUCUUGAUGCCCUGGUGGAAGCAGCGACCAAGGAUACGUUGACCGGCCAGCGCAGUGCCAGCCCGGCUCGGGACAAGGAUACGGAGCAUGUGACGUCAAAGGACGAGUCGAGUGCCGAUGCCAUGGCGGAUGCGGACGCCGCGUCCACAACCGCAGGCGAAGAUGAUGAGGCACGUGCGGUACGCAAGGUGCAGCUCAACCACAAGGUGUCACGCAACCUGCUACAAAGCUGGUCUUUCUACUCGGUGCAGAUCUUGCGCGAGCUGACGAUGAAGAGUGCGCCUUCCUUUGGCUCUUUUAAUGCGCUGCGCAUGCUGUUGGACGAGUAUCUCUUCUACAUUGUCCAAACGCGAGUGACACACCCUUGCAAGGUAUUUCAUCACCCCGACGUGAUUAUCAAAGCCGGCGCCAUGGCAUCGACCGAGCGUCGUCCCCAAGAUGCCCAAUCGGAAACUUGGAGCUCUGCCAACUCAACCCGUCUGCAAAACACAACCCUGCCACUCAUGGGUCUACAAGGUCGCGGAGGCUCCUCAGUUUGGGGGCAAUCAACGGCCGUAUAG